CUGGGUUGUAGGAGGUAUUUCGGGGAGAAAAUCGGCCUGUACUUCGCCUGGCUGGGCUGGUACACGGGGAUGCUGUUUCCUGCAGCGCUGGUGGGUCUGUUCGUAUUCCUGUACGGUAUUUUCACGCUGGAGCACUGCCAGGUCAGCAAAGAAAUCUGCCAGGCCACUGACAUCAUCAUGUGUCCCAUCUGUGACCAAUACUGCCCCUACCUGAGACUGUCCGACAGCUGCAUCUACGCCAAGGUCACCCAUUUCUUUGACAAUGGGGCAACUGUUUUCUUUGCUGUAUUCAUGGCAGUUUGGGGUAAGUCCACUACCAAUAAGUCUUUUUAUUAA